AUGCCCUCAAAACUCGUUAAAUUGCAUCAAAAUGACACCCAUUGGAUGACCCCAUAUCUUAAGGACUUAAUUCACCAUCGUCAAAAAGCCUUGAAAGAAAACAACAUCUUGCUUUUCAAAUUUUAUCGUAAUAAAGUCAACCGUGAAAGAAAAAUUAUUUUAUCGAAAUUUUACAAAAGCAAGAUUGAACAUCUAAAACACGUAGAUCCGAAGAAAUGGUGGUCGAUCUGCAAAAAGAUCUGUGGUAUGGCAAAACCAAAUACCGGCAUCGUUAAUAAACUACUGGAAAUGGAAUCGCCGUCUACCAAUUCUAAAAUUCAACUGGCCAAUGAUAUAAAUUCGGCUUUUCUGGAACUCUUGCAAAGUUACCCGAAACUAUCCCCUAGUAGUAAAAUUGAAGUGACUAAUCAUCGGAUUCCUAAAGUUUCCAUUGCAUCUGUUGAGAGAAAACUAAGAACAAUCAAAUAA